AUGGAUGCAUUACAGAAUUUCACCCAGUCUCUGGAAAAAACUUUCAAGGAUGUAUUCCUCAACUAUAUGAAUAACUGGCGUCAAAAUACCACAAAUGAACAAAAGGAAUUGCAAAGAAGACUUGAAGCUGAAAACCUUGAUUAUGUCAUUCUGUAUCUCAUGGUGAUGAUUGGCAUCUUCUCCUUUAUUGUUGUGGCGAUCUUAGUGAGCACUGUGAAAUCAAAAAGACGAGAACACUCCAAUGACCCUUAUCACCAAUAUAUUGUUGAUGACUGGGAGGGAAAGUACAAAAGCCAGAUCCCACUCCAGAAUGAUCUUAAGUGCACCAUUCAUGAAAAUGUUGGUGUGAAGGACAAACUCAGCCCAAAAUCUGCUUGA